UACAAGACUCUGUUGCGCAAAGGGGACAGGAGCGUGAGGGAGAGCGGCACUGACCUUACACCAGCAAAAGUUGAUGGAAAAGAAAAAAUGCAAUGGAGAAAGUACAUUUUGUCAUGAUGAACGAAUGACGAGGGAAAACGGAAGAUGUGUGACACAACAUUUGAAGGAAGAAUAGAAAGACGACAGAUUGAGUGAAAAGGGGUCUCAGAUAAGAUAAAGAUAAUAUUCAAGAAUGAUCUGGACUAUUCUUGGAAUGGACACCCGGAUAGCACUCAGAUGACACUAGCCCUAUAUUGACAAGAUGGGUUUCCUCGGGGGAAAGGACUCAUUGACCUCCUGAAUGCAAAGAGAGAAAGGAUAACAUUUCAUCUGGAAUUUAGUCCAAAUUAUUUGGUGUCUUUUUCUGUUGCCCCUUUACCAUACUUUCUUAUAUUUCGUCAGCUUAUUAGCUAAGUAAGGGCAGAUAGAAAUAUGCAUUUGGGUAAAGCACUUCUGUUUUUCCUCCUGUUGAACUGUGUGACCAUGACUUUGUCACUAUCCACUUGCACCACUGUGGACAUAGACCACAUAAAGAAGAAGAGAGUAGAGGCAAUCCGAGGACAGAUUCUCAGUAAACUUCGACUGACCAGCCCGCCACAAACAUUGGGUCCGAAUCAGGUACCGUUUCAGGUGCUAUCGCUCUAUAACAGUACGAAGGAGCUGAUCGAGGAGUUGGGGAGAGACAGACAGCAAAGUUGUGGACAGGAUAACACGGAGACUGAAUAUUACGCCAAAGAGAUUUACAAGUUCAAUAUGAUUAAUGGACCACCAGAAAACAAUGACCUUCCCUACUGCCCCAAGGGCAUCACCUCCAAGGUAUUCCGCUUCAACGUUUCCGCCAUGGAGAAGAACUCCACCAACCUCUUCAGAGCAGAGUUCCGAGCCCUUCGUGUCCCCAACUCUAGUGCCAAGAGGAACGAGCAGCGGAUUGAGCUCUACCAGAUUCUGCGGCCAGACGACCACAUAGCUAAGCAGCGCUACAUCGGGGGCAAGAACGUCCUGACCAAAGGAACGCCAGAGUGGGUCUCCUUCGAUGUAACAGACACAGUCAGGGAAUGGCUUAUGUACCGAGAGACCAACCUGGGCCUGGAGAUCAGUGUGCACUGCCCCUGCCACACCUUCAACACCAACGGUGACAUUAUCGAAAACGUUAAUGAGGUGCUACAAGUCAAGUUCAAAGGUGUGGAGGGUGACUAUGAUGAGAGCCGCUGGGACCUGGGCAGACUGAAGAAGCAGAAGGAGCAGCUCUUCCCUCAUCUCAUCCUCAUGAUGCUGCCCCCUCAUAGGAUAGAUGCCCAGUCCUCAUCCCGCAGACGCAAGAGAGCCCUGGACACCAACUACUGCUUCUCUAACUAUGAGGAGAACUGCUGUGUACGACCCCUCUACAUUGACUUCCGCCAGCACCUGGGCUGGAGGUGGAUCCACGAGCCUAAGGGAUACUACGCUAACUUCUGCUCCGGGCCCUGCCCUUACUUACGGAGCGCAGACACUACACACAGCUCGAUGCUGAGCCUGUACAACACCCUGAACCCUGAGGCGUCUGCCUCUCCCUGCUGUGUGCCUCAGGACCUGGAGCCCCUCACCAUCCUCUACUAUGUGGGCCGCACGCCCAAGGUGGAGCAGCUCUCCAACAUGAUCGUCAAGUCCUGCAAGUGUAGCUAAGGGCCCCGGGCCCAGCACACUGGGAUCUGACAGGGCCACACACGGCACUACACCGAGGGAGGGGAAGGGGAGGGUGGUAUGCUGUCUGUCCCACCACCAAGAGUACACCUGUCCAUCCUCAACACUCUCCCCCCUCCUUAGUCGAGCCCACACAGAGGCCCUGCAGAGAGAGACGCAGCCCACCACUCUACCCACAAUUCCCAGGCUGUGUGCCCAAAUGACUUUCAAACAUCACUCCAGACCCAGCAAUCUCAACAGAACUUUAUUGGCCUUUUACAAUGUUUUUUUCUUCUCAAUGUCAAGUGUCUUCCAUUAUUUUUUUUGUCAAUAUUUUCGGCCUUCUGAACUGCCUUUAGCUUUGUGCCAUAUGACCACGGGCAUUCAAAGCCAACCUCUGUCUGCUCAGAGGAAAAGAACUGACGUAAGCUGUUCUAGCCAUGACCACUGCCUACUCAAGGACAUACAGUAGUUGCAGUCAAAAAGAGAGACCCACUGAGACCCUGGAUUUACAGUGCAAAUUAAUCAAAGUGGCUAAAGCAAAAGCUCUGUCAGACUUUUGUUUCCUAAAGAGAACCAUCCUUUUUAAUGGAGGGCUGACACAAAGCCUUGACGCACAGGACAAACAGACUGUCCAAGCUGGAAACUAGCGCAGCGUGCACCACAUUUCCCUACACUGGUUAAUCUAGGACAGAUGCUGAUGGACUCUAAUAAUCUUAGGAAAAAUACAAAAUGCUGGAAAACAACCUUUAUUCAACAAAGUAUCUUUAUGGUUAUGUUUACCUCUGUUAUGCAACAGAAUCAUGUUUUCUGGAUUUUUUUCUUAAAUGAAGCUGACUUUUCUGUUGUACAAGACAAUGUAUGUCACUAGGUGAACACUUCACUAGAUCACAAACUGUAAAAGUUUAUUGCUAUUACUCUUAAACACUUUUUUAAAUUAAAAAUGGUCUUGGACAAACAGAUGUAUAUAUUUUUUCAAAAUCUUUAGAUAAUCAUCAUUUGUGGGUAUCAGUAAAAAUUAUGCAUUUUUUCCAAGCUCAACCGCUAUCCAUAUUGAGAUCCUAGUGAUGAAGAGCCAGAUUCAAUCAGAUCAUCUUUAGCCAAAAUCCGCAUAGAUGAUGUUUUGACGUGUCGGAGGUGGAACUAGGUUAAAGCGCUCAAAUCCACAACGGCUCCUGGCAUUAUACCGAAAGUGGACAUUGCCAUUGGCUGCAUGGAGUCGCAUUGAAAUGAUUCCCAUGCAGCGUUGUUUACAAGUUCAAACACUGGAAUGUGAGAUGUAGUCUACACCUCCAUUAGGCUGAUAGAAAUCCUCAUUUUUGUUUAAUGAUUUUCAAUUUGAACGUCACUAUUUCUAUAUAGAAUACACUUUCUCAUUCUGAACUUCUAAUGCGAGUGGGAUGGGUUUGGCUUUGUGACAAUCACCACAAGAGCAGCUGCUCACCGAUUUGACAGCUCAAUGCAGUUUCACUCCCGAGCCCGCCACAACAUCAGCUAUAAUGGUGUCGGCUAGCGCCAGUUAACGCUGGAUCUGAUUGAACUAGGCCCUAGUUCACUUUGAGGUGCAGGAAACUGAUUUGAUUGACAACCUUUAAAUAAAUAAAAAA